AAGCCAAAAUAAAUAAAAAAUAUUACUCAAAGAUAUUAAUUUUUCGGUAUUCUUUGCAAAAAAAUUGCAAUCAUAAGAAUUAAUGAGUUGAGUUAUUUAAUUAAUUUGCAUUGGAGAUUACAGACAACAACAAAAAUGGCUGCCUGGCAGAUAUUUGUUACGUUGGCAUUAAUAUCAACUGUUUUUUGUGCAAAGUAUGAAGAGAAGUCAAAGGUACAAAUGUAUGUGAACAAAGUAGGGCCAUAUUUCAAUCCACAUGAAACCUAUCACUACUACCAGCUGCCUGUGUGCAGGCCGGAAAAGAUCGAGCAUAAAAGUUUAACUCUUGGCGAAGUACUAGAUGGUGAUAGAAUGGCAGUGUCAUUGUAUGAGAUCAACUUCAAACAGGAUGUUGAGAAGAAGGAACUAUGUAAAGUGAAAUUCACAGAAGCUGACCUACAGUUGCUUAGAGAUGCUAUAGAGGACCUUUACUACUUCGAAUUUGUCAUUGAUGACGUUCCAGUGCGAGGGUUUAUCGGGCACCUAGAAGAGGGCGGGUUCCUACCUCACACCCACAAAGUCUACUUGUGGGCUCAUUUACAUUUUAACGUCGAGUACAAUGGAAAUCAGAUUAUCUAUGCAAAUGUUUCCACAAAGGAGCAAGCACCUGUCAGCCUGGACGAGGUAUCAGCACCACUAGAAGUGGCCUUCACCUACAGUGUGAAGUGGUACCCAACAAGCAUGAAAUAUGAAGACAGAGCAAAACGAAUGAGGGACAAUAGCUUCUUUCCAAAAACAUUAGAGAUUCACUGGCUGUCAAUCAUUAACUCGAUGGUGCUCGUAUUUCUGUUGAUUGGUUUUGUUGUUAUUAUACUGUACAAAGAUUUGAAAUUUUCAUUUGCUCUUUAUGCAAGAGAUAAGACACGAGUACUGAAGUCAGAUUUUGCCAGAUAUAAUGUAGAUGAGGAAGAUAGUGAAGAUUUGGACCAAGAAGAAAAUGGCUGGAAAAUCAUACAUACAGACGUUUUUAGAUACCCUCCACAGAAAAACUUGUUCUGUGCUAUACUUGGUGUAGGAAUGCAGUUUCUAACAUUAGCUACAGGGAUUAUAAUAAUGGCAAUGUUGGGAAUGUUUAAUGUUCAUAGACAUGGACAGAUCAACUCUGCUGGAGUUAUACUUUAUGCAUUCACAUCUUGUAUCAGUGGUUAUAUAGCAACCAAUAUGUACAAGAAGAUGGGAGGAGAAAACUGGGUGUGGAACAUCAAUCUUACCUCUGCUUUAUUUGCUUUUCCGUUUUUCCUGGUCUGGGCAAUAGUGAAUACUGUUGCCUGGGGGUAUGGUACAACACAGGCACUUCCCUUUGGAACUAUAGUUCUGCUGAUGUGUCUCUGGAUGUUUGUUGGAUAUCCUUUAACUGUGAUUGGGGGAAUAUUUGGUAAAAAUUGGGCAAAUGGCUUUGAUGCCCCAUGUAGAACAAAAAAUAUUGCACGAGAAAUUCCUUCUGUUCCGUGGUAUAGGUCAGCAUUUGCUCAUUGUAUGGUUGGCGGAUUCCUACCUUUCAGUGCCAUAUCUGUAGAGUUGUAUUAUAUAUUUGCCACCCUGUGGGGACGUGAACAAUACACAUUGUACGGCAUACUUUUCAUUGUAUUUGGAAUCCUUCUUAGUGUGACAGCCUGUAUCUCUGUGGCAUUGACCUACUUCCAGCUCUCCGCUGAGGACUACCGCUGGUGGUGGAGAUCCAUUUUCAGUGCUGGGUCCACUGGUAUGUUCGUGUUCCUGUAUGCACUCUUCUACUACUACAAACGUUCAAACAUGUCCGGCCUGUUACAGAGCCUCGAGUUCUUCGGCUACACGGCGCUCACGUGCUACGUGUUCUUCCUCAUGCUUGGAACUGUGUCGUUCUUCGCAUCAUUGACAUUCGUGAGAUAUAUCUACGUAAACUUGAAGAUGGACUGAAAAGUGGUUAAACUUAGAUUGUAGAUUGGACAUGGUGAUAUAAAUAUUGAAAUAAAUUUUGACCACAAUAGACAUAAUGUCACUCUUAACAAUAUGUUUUAAAUCAUAUUUUAUAAGGACCUGUCAUCAGGCUUGCAAAAAAAUAGUUCCUGUAUCAUUGUGCCAAUUAUGAGAAAGUAGUCCUAGUGUGUGUAGGGUAAAAGUUCAAGACAUUCCAAAUUUUACCAGAUUUACGUACUGUGAUAUUAUUGGCAUGAAAUUUCAUGCUUUUAGCUAAAAACAGCUAUUUAAUGGAAAUACGAAUUUGUGGAUUUCAACAUUUGAAGAUUAGUUGAAUAUUAAAUUUAAUUUUUGUACAUUUUCAUGUAACAUGUUAAUUUACUGGAUAAUUUAUAACAGACAAGUCAUAUUUUAUUACGAGUACUCAUGCGCACAUUGAAGUCUCACCGUCUGAUAUCAUUUAUAACUUUUGUACGAUGUAGUAAAAAUGAAGAAAGGUUAAAAAAGUUUAAUGAUUGCCAUUCAGUGUCGGGGUAUAUGGUGACAAUAGUACAGGAAUUAUUUUAGGUGGCCAUGGGGUUUGCAAAAUUGGUUUCUGUUACUGUCCUUCUGUGAAUCAACUUCUUGACAUGCUUAUUCUCCAUAAUGACCUAGAAUCUAUGGAAGACUGAAUGCGUUAAUCUGGUUCGGUGUCUUCCCUCUUAACACAUUUGUACAGUAGGUAAUAACAGAUGUUAACUUUGAUUUAGCAAUGAGAUAAAUUCAAAAUGAGCCGUGCCAUGAGAAAACCAAUAUAGUGUGUUUGCGAUCAGCAUGGAUCCAGACCAGCCUGCUCAUCCGCGCAGUCUGGUCUGGAUCCAUGCUGUUCGCUAAUGAUUUCUCUUAUUGCAUUUGGCUUUGAAAGCGUACAGCAUGGAUCCUGACCAGACUGCACGGAUGCGCAGGCUGGUCUGGAUCCAUGCUGGUCGCAAACCCACUAUGUUGUUUUUUUUCAUGGCAUGGCUCAUUAAUGAAGCUUGAUUUGUUAAGAUUUUACUACAGUAAUACACUGAUCACUAGAGGUUGCAACUGGAUGUGUAAAAUGAUUGAAUUUUGUUUACUUCCUUAUUCUUGGUAGGGGUAAACACUUGAUUAUAAAGGUGGGUGGUCAGACCGUCAUGAUGAAAUUUGUCAGAAUACGACUUUUUUUCUUUGACAGAACUGAUACACGCCCAGCUUUGAUAUUAGCUUGUCAGAAAUUGAUUGGCAGUAAGAUAGUUUGGGGAAUAUAUCUUUUUAUCUGUGAAUACAUUUUAUUGCAUUGUUAUUUUGAUUAUGCCUGAGUAAAUGAUAUGAGAUAUCAGUUUGUUAUGUAAUAGUAUGCAAAUUUUAUGGAAAGCAGAAAAGAAACAGUUGUACAGUUUGAAAUAUAAUUUUUAUGUUAUAUACCUGACUGUGUAGAGAAUGUUUUUGCAGAGUAGUAUUCAGAAAAUUCACCUGUUUUUUUUGCUUCUUAAGAAGAUUACACUUAGUAUUAGACAUGAUUCUGAAGGUCUCCAAGGGAGGUAAUAGACAUGAUUCUGAAGGUCUCCAAGGGGGGUAAUAGGAACUCUUAAGAUGUCUCCAUCAGUUUGGAAUCAAUUGUAAAAAAAAGAUUUUGAUUGGGGUACUUCCUGUUUAAAUUUUAGCAAUUUAUGUUGAUAAAAAAUUUUAAAAUUGCAAGUUUGUCUUAAUUUAUUGCUGGAUCCAUAUGAAACCUCCAAAAUGUAUCUUGGCAUAAAAGCAGCAUACAGAUUAAAUUGUUGUUGAUUUUUUUUUUUUUUUAAAGUUCAAUUUUAGUAUUGGUAUUUAAGGUAGCGGACCUGUAAUGACAAUUAGCAAUUUCCUUUCGUUUACAUGUACUCAGUUAGGCAUUUUCCAGCUGUUACUAAAAAUAGUUUUCUGUUAUGUCCGAAGAAUGCCAAAAUCACCUACAGAGGGUACGUAAUUGCAUGGAAAUUAACAUUUGUCAGAACUGGUACACUACUUUAACAUUUUGUGGUAAACUACCUUAACAUUUUGUGGUACACUACCUUAACAUUUUGUCAUUAAUGGUACAUUACCUUAACAUUAAAUGUAUCUGAUUAGGUGUAAGAUGUUAUGGAAUUUUUUUAAAAAGAAACUGUAAAGGUUACUGCUGAGAGUGUGUAAGUUUAUAUUGCAAUGAAUCGGUCACAUGAUUCACAAAUGUGUGUUGCCUGUGGUUUUAAACAAAAAUUUAAGGUCCAUGUGUUUGUUAAAGAGUUAAGUCUUUGACUUAAAAGCAUUUUGGGCUUUAAAAAUGAGGGUUGAAAUAAUGGUUGUUUUUAUGUAAAGCAUGUAAGUUAUGACUAGAAGAAAAAAAUAUAAAUUUAUUUUAUAUGGUAAUAUAAAUAUAUAUAUAUAAAUUCAGUUAUUAAUGGAAAUUGUUUAAGUAGAAGAAUUUGUAGGUAUGUUUUGUUCAUUAAGUAUUUAUGUUUUUGACAUAUAAUUUUGACAUUGUAUUGCUUAUAGUAUGUUAUACACACACAGUCCAUUGAAUUUUACAAUGUUAAAUAAGGAAUAAUUUUGCAUACUGUACAUUUUGGUGUUUUCAUGUCACUUACAUUUCAAAUUGAAAAUAUCUGCUGCCUUUUUUGCUUUGUAAAGAAUAUGCAGCUAGAUGCUUGAUACAUACUCUUGAAUGGCUUGUCUUUGAUAAUCAAAACUAUUUGCUUUAGGUUAGAAGGACUGGUAGUUUUGACUAUGGACUGGUAAACUUUAUCGGCAUAAACUAAGGAAUAUGGAAUCAUGUAAUAUUUAUGAAAAUAGAUCACUGCAUGCUGUAGCAUUUGCUUAUGGAUGUUUUGUAUUAUUCAGUACAAUGCAGUAGCCCUUGAUAAAGUCUGUUAAUUUAUGAAAUGUGAAGGAAACAUUUUAACUGAAGAUCAUGUUUUCUGUUAUAUAAUGGUGAGCUUAGAUUGGCACCACCAUUAGUUGUUAAAGUGGGUCGAACCAAAGAUGCCUGUUGGCUGUAAUAUACCAGGAGUGCAAUGUACUGUUUGUACAUCUAUCCGCGUUUUCAAGGUGUGAUGAAUAUAAUUUGAGGUUAUUUGCAAACAUUAAGCUAUGGCUAAUAGUACCUGAUCUACUUUUCAAUCAUUGUAAUGUGAUAUCUAAUGCAGAAGGAAGAAUAAAUAUUAGAAAAAUAUAAAAUUGUUAAAAUUUUUCUUAGAUAUUUAAUGUGAUAGUCAAAAAAAAAAAACAUAAUUAUGUUUGCUGUUAACCCUUUACAGUACAUGUGCAUAAAUAACUUGUACAUUCCAUCAGAAUUUUAACAUGUUGGACAAACUGUUUCAUUUUUAUUAAGAUGGUUAAAGUGUUUGAAAUGGAGUAGUAAUUGUUGGGUAUUUUAUUAUUUGUCAAUAGUAAUUAUGACAUAAUUUUCUUUCUCCAGUGUGAAAAUUAAAUCUAGGUGCAUGUUUUCUUUGCAUACUAAUGUUUCUAUGUUAAAAAUGGUUCAUUUCGACACAUCUUGUGCCUAAAUGAUGUAGAACUUAAAAUUUUGUUUGAUUGAAUGUUUGUAUAUGGAAUGUAUCUGAUAGAAAUAGUUCUUAUGUGAAGUGAAGUUGUGCUUUCAUGAAUUUAGUAGUUUCUAUUGACUUGAUUUUGAAAUUAUGGCAAUAUGUUAACUAUAUUUAAGGAAGGAAAGAUGGGAUGUGUUCACGUGCCAUUAAAUCUGGAAUUUCACCAUGCAAUCUAAGAUAGUUGUUAAUGAUUAUAAACUCAACAAAACAAAACAGGCUGAUUGUAUGUUCUGUCGGUCCAAAAAGCUUCUUUAAUUUUAAACAAGGUGAGCCGUGCCAUGAGAAAACCAACAUAGUGGCUUUGCGACCAGCAUGGCUCCAGACCAGCCUGCGCAUCCGCGCAGUCUGGUCAGGAUCCAUGCUGUUCGCUUUCAAGCCUAUAGCAAUUAGAGAAACAGUUAGCGAACAGCAUGGAUCCUGACCAGACUGCGCGGAUGCGCAGGCUGGUCUGGAUCCAUGCUGGUCGCAAAGCCACUAUGUUGGUUUUCCCAUGGUGCGGCUCAGGUAUUCUAAUGAAACUUUACACAAGCAUGAUAAGAAGAUGAGUCAGUCAGAAUUGUACCUCAAAAGGUCAAGGUCACAGGCAAAAACACAAGCUCUAAACAUGAACCCACAAGCAAGUGCACUCAAGUUAGGUGGCAUUAAUUCCUCACUAGUAAUGUUUCUUGUUGAUAGUUUAACCCUUACCAUGCCAAAUUUCUAUAAUGAACUUGUCGGUCUUUCAAUUUGGACAGUACCAUUAACUGUUAAAAGGGGUGCAUACCAAAAAGAUACUGACUGAAUGGCGAACAGUGCAAAUCAUGAUCAGACUGCAUAGAUAUGCAGGCAGAUCAUGAUCGCACUGGCCACAAAGGCAGAAUAAAUCGUGUCCAGCAUGAUCAGGAUUAACUCAUAGACAUUACUGAAUGUUGUUGCUUCAUACGCUAAAACACAUUCUUUUGUUUAUCUUGUGUAACAGGUCUUUAAACCUAAUUUUAUCACUAGUACAAAUUACAUAUCUUGUAAAUUUGGUCUACAUUUUUUAAAUGCAUAGGGCAUGAACUUGUACAAAAGUUUUGUGUAGAACUAUUUUAACUUUUUGCUGGGUUUGUAUCUUUUAAGGCUUUUUUGCAGAAACUGUAUGUUAACUGUUCCAUAUUCUCUUCUACAUGAUUACAAUAGAAUUCCCCUUAGCCAAGAGCAUGUUAAAAUGGAACUCCUCCAAACAAAGCUUGUUGGCUGUUGUUACCAUAUAAAUACUCUGGAUCUCCACCAAACCAUGAGCAUGUUCGCUGUGUUAUUGGCUCUAUAAAUACUGGAUCUCCUCCAAAACAUGAGCAUGUUGGCUGUGUUAUUGUUUCUAUAAAUACACUGGAUCUCCUCCGAACCAUGAGCAUACUGGCUGUUGUUUCCAUAUAAAUACACUGGAUCUCCUCCAAAACAUGAGCAUGUCUGCUGUGUUAUUGUCUCUUUACAUACACUGGAAACUUUUUAAACACCAGGUAACAAGGGAAAAGUUCAGUUUUGAGAGGUUUUUGGUUUAGAAGGAUUACCAGUAUUUUCAGUAGAUGGACCUUCUUUUUGACCAAGACAAUUUUUACAUUUUGAGAGGUCUCUGCUUUUCAGGGAUUCUGUUUGAAGGACUUUUUGCUCUUUAGGCAUUCCAGUUUAGAGGGGUUUCUACUUUACUAGGCUAGAUUGAUUUCUGCCUUGCAGGGGUUCUGUUUUACAGUGGUUUCUCCUUUUUCAGGGUUAAUGGUUUAAAGGGGUUUCCACCUUUUAUGUGUUUUGGUUAGAGGGAUUCCAUUGCAUGUUUAUUGAUUUUAUAGUGCUGUAUUUAAUUGAGAUCCAGGACAAUUGUCCCUUGCAUGUAUGAACAUUAGUAAGGCUGUUUAUUUAUUGUUUUAUUUCUCAUUGUUAUUUGAUGUGUAUAUUAUUGGUAAAAUCUCAACCUAUGGAAACACUAUAUGUAAAAUAAAAGAAGAAAUACAA